AUGGCCACCAAGGAUGAGGGGCUUUUGCAUGAGGGAGGAGGAGGAGCCUCCAGCCCCCCGCCCAAAGGUUUCCCACUCCCCUCCCAUCUGGCCUCCUCCACAGAGACCAUCCAGGCUGUGGAGGAGCGGAGCUUCCGCCAGCUGCAGGCCUGGCCCACCCAGCACUCCCCGGCCCCCACCUUCUGGACCACCGGCCUUCGUGGUUUUGCCCUUGUGCCCCAACAACUCCUUCUCCGCCCUUUCCUCAGGCUGCUGCCCUCCCGCACAGCAGAGGCGGUGGCAGGGAGAGGUCACCUGCGCUGGGAGCCCCGCUGUCAGCAGCCCCUGCCUGACGGAGCACAAGUCACCACACUGCUGCCCCCACGCCUCGACGGUCCCUGGGUCUCCACUGGCUGCGAGGUGCGCCCAGGACCCGAAUUCCUUACCCGCUCGUAUACUUUCUACCCCAAUCGCCUCUUCCGCGCCUACCAGUUCUAUUACGAGGACCCCUCCUGUCGGAAGCCAGCGCACUCGCUGCUCGUCAAGGGCAAGGUGCGGCUGCGCCGGGCCUCCUGGGUCACCCGGGGCGCCACCGAGGCUGACUACCACCUACUCAAGGUGGGUAUAGUCUUCCACAGCCGCGGCGCGCUGCUCGCGGUCGCCGGGCGCCUCGGCCAGAGCCCGGCCAGCAGAGACUGCGCCCGGCGGCUGCCCCCGGCCCGUACCUGGCUGUCCGGGGCCGUGUAUGAGCUGCUGGGCACCCGGGCCAAGCAGGACUGCGCGGCGACGCUGGGCUUCACCAUGCACGAGCUCAGCCUAGUCCGCGUACAGCGCCACCUCCAGCCGCAGCCCCGCGCCCCACCUCGCCUGGUGGAGGAGCUAUACCUGGGGGACAUCCACACUGACCCCGCGGAGAGGCGGCACUACCGACCCACCGGCUACCAGCGCCCACUGCAGAGUGCCCUGCACCAUGCUCACCCCUGCCCGGCCUGUGGCAGCGUGUCCCGUGCCGACGAGCACCACCCGCCUGUCCUGCCUCUGCAGGCAGCCCUGGCCCUGCACCUGCAUGGCCGCUGGGUCAGCUCUGGCUGCGAGGCACGGCCCGCUGUGCUCUUCCUCACCAGACUCUUCACCUUCCACCGGCACAACCGCUCCUGGGAGGGCCACUACCACCACUUCUCAGAUCCCGCCUGCCGGCAGCCCACCUUCACCGUGUACGCCGCUGGCCGCUACACCAAGGGCACGCCAUCUGCUAAGGUCCUCGGUGGCACCGAGCUUGUGUUUGAGGUCACGCGGGCCCACGUGACCCCCAUGGACGAGGUCACCGCAGCCAUGCUCAACUUCUCAAAGCCGGGCAGCUGCGGGGCACCGGGAGCCUGGUCCGUGGGGACCGAGCGGGACAUCACGGCCACCAAUGGGUGCAUGCCACUGGGUAUCAGGCUCCCCCACGUGGAGUAUGAGCUUUUCAAGAUGGAGCAAGACCCCCGCGGCCAAAGCCUGCUGUUCAUCGGACAACGGCCCACCGAUGGGUCAAGCCCCGACACCCCCGAGAAGCGGCCCACGUCCUUCCAAGCCCCCCUGGUCCUGUGUGAUGAGAUGGCCCAGGACUUCCCCAGACUCCUGCAGCAUAGGCCUCUGCUGGGAAAACCCCCCAGUAGCAGGGGUCCAUGUCCUCCUGUAGCCCCUCUCCCCUUUCUCUUCCUUGUUGUAGGAUUGGCCUUCCUUGGGUGGCUUUGA